AUGAGGCUCCCAAUCACUUCAGCUGUGUACUUGGCUGUUCUUUUGGGUUCGCGCGUUGUCGUGGCCCAGUCUGAGGACCCUGGCGCCGCUGUCAGCACCAUUACAGAUACCAUCACCAGUCCUGCGGAGCCUUCUACCACUCCUGAUUCCGGUACUACUCCCUCUGUCACUGAUGGUGACACCCCAGAUCCUGAAGUGACACCCACGGAGACCGAAAUCACCGAUCCGACAGUUCCUGUAGUGUCCGAACCAACCGUGACAGAGUCUACGAUAUUCGAGCCUGUAGUAUCGAGUAUCUUGUCUGGCAGCCUAGACGGGGUAUCAGCCAGCACAACAGACGGUGCCUCGUCCGCCAGCGAAUCGUCAGGGUCCAUCUCGCCCAGCGCCUCAGCAUCCGCCUCUCCUGACGAAGGAAUGGACAUUACGGCAGUAGAGUUGACCGAAGGCGAAGAGUCUACACUCGAAACACCACCGGAUGUCACCACACCCGAAGAGCAUGAGUCAGAGCUCGUGGAGAAUCUACCCGAAGUGCCCAUGACAGAAGAAGACGCCAGAGACGUCGCUGUUUUGGAAACAGUCAUGUUUGACUACUUUGUCGAGAAUGCGCCUGCUCCAGGCGACGUCGGCAAGCUUGAAAUUCCCGAGGCGAUUUCGCAGUGUGAAGUGGCCUUGACAAAGAGAAGCGUCUGGGCUUCGGGUGCUGAGGCCCCUCAAGACUUAUCGUCUCGGUCUCUUCGAGGAGGCUGGGACCAGUGUCGAUACGUCUCGUCUCUGCAGUUCGACGUAUACGUUAACUACAUCAAGGAAUCAUACGAUGCCGUGAGGCCCAAUACGCUUGCGGACAGAAUCGACGGUAGCAUUACAUUCCUCAACUCCGUCUAUGAACCUCUCGGAAUUACCUUUAACCUCAAAGACAAACAAUUCUGGCGCCCUCCGCAGACGGGCGAUAACAGCGACUGGUCCGAAAUCAACAAGCUCGAGGACAGGCUUCUGCGAUGGCAGCGAAAUACCCGUGCUGGAAACAAGAUGUCGCUCAAUAUCUGGCUGGUGAACACACUCAAGAGCGCUGAUGGAAAGAGGAGCCUGAACGGGUAUGCCACACACCCUGUCAGCUUGAAGGAUUCGAACAAAGCCUUCCGUGACGGCGUGGUGAUGAAGGAGGGACGCAUGCAAAAUAGUUACGCGCCGACUCUUGUUCACGAGGUGGGUCACUGGCUCGGCUUGCAGCAUACCUUUGGAACAAAAGUCGCCAAGGCUGCGGACGAUUGCCAGGCAGACGACGGUCUUCUGGACUCGACGCAGACGAGGGGUGCUCCGGAUGCAAUUUACGAGUGCUCCCAAAUUCCUUGCGACGGAGACACUCCUCAGGACAUCUCCAACUACAUGAGCUAUUCAUCCUGUCGAGGCCGGGUUCCCGCGGAAGGUCUCACAACGGACCAAAAGUCUGCCAUAUUUGCACGCACGAUGAAGUUCCGCAGGUCCAACUCUGCGGGCGAAUGUGUGGCUGAGGAUCCCGAUCCGAAUGCCCUUCGGAAGCGCUCUUCGAUGCAAGACCUUCUCAAUGGCAAAUGCCCUAACAUCACUGCCGAGGCCGAGCGAAUCAUCAACGAGAAGGUUAGCGUCGCCUCUGGACGUAUGGUUACAUCCAACUGGGCAUGGGCUUUUGUCACUGUUGCGAGCUUUAUGGCACUUGCUUUGUAA